AUGUGGCCCAACAUUCUGUACCGUAUUCCUUUUCAGACCGACAAAUCAGGCCGGCUGAAACUAGAGACCGUGGAUGACCUUUUCAACAUCCUGAAACUGAGGAAGAGGAGGAGGGAGAGGAAGGUGCAGAACAGGAAAGAACCUGAGCCAGAGAUCAUUCCCGACACAGUCGAUGAAGACACGUUCCUGAAAGCAGCUAUGGAAAAUAAACUGCCUGUGAUUGAGAAGUACCUGUCAGAUGGAGGUGACCCCAACGUCGGUGAUCAUUUCCUAAGGACAGCACUACACAAAGCCUCAUCCAAGGGCCAUGUGGAGAUUGUGAAGAGACUGCUGGAGGCUGGGGCUUCCAUUGAGAAGAAAGACAGAUUGGAUGCCACUUCAGUACACUGGGCCUGCAGGGGAGGCAGCCUGACUACUCUGGAGCUGCUUCUCAAUGAAGGAGGGAAGUUCAACUCCAGAGACAAGCUGCGCAGCACUCCUCUCCAUGUGGCAGUGAGGACGGGACACAAUGAAUGUGCUGAGCACCUCAUCCACUGUGGAGCAGACGUCAACGCUAAAGACAGAGAUGGAGACACACCCAUGCACGAUGCUGUGAGGAUAAACCGAUUCAAAAUGAUCAGGCUGCUGCUGAUGUAUGGAGCCAGUCUUAAAACUAAGAACAGUGAAGGCAAGUCCCCUAGUGAGAAUCUUCUGGCAUGGCAGAGUGGUGCUAAAAACCUCCUGUGUAACAUCAACAAUGACAAACCUGUUAAAUAGAACAAUGACUUCUCAAGGUCUUGGGGAGAUCUAUGGCUAUUGAAAUCCAUCCAUUUAUUCAGAUUGUCAUUGAUAACUGAUACUGAUAGAAUUGUUGAAUGACGAUAUUGCUGGCCAAUGUUAGGGCUGUAGCUUCCAUGCAUUUUGAUGUUGUGUUGAAGUUGGCUAUUGAGAUUCUGGGGAGAUUUAUGUGAUUGUUGGUUUUUAUUAUAUAUAUUUUUUUCAC